GACAAGUUUCAGGCGCGCGGACGUUGCUUAGUUACCGCGCGCUGCUUCUGUCUUUUUAUUUUUUCAUUUAAAAAGCGGAUUUGUUGAAUCCGGUUUGGAAAAGUCCAAAGGUCCGAGUCAUAUAAGGAGCGUCGCGGUGCCAGCAGUCGCACAGCUUUGAUUUCUCUCCUGUCAUUCGGGUCGCAGCCGGUUAAAUUCUCUUCAACUUGUUUUUACAUCAAAGAGCCGCGUGAAUAAAAAUGUCAGCCACGCGCCAGCUGCUUCGCGCCAACCUCCGGCUCCUGAGCCCCGCGCGGAGCGCGCUGCUGGCGGGCGGGUCGCAGCGGUCCCCCGGCGAACAAAGUUCUCGCUUCGGCUCCCUGACUUCUCUGUCCUCCUCCUCCUCAUCUUCUACCGACAGAGCCUUAUCGAGUCUGAGCACCACGCGACGUGGACUUCCCAAAGAGAAAAUGUCCGAGAACGGGAUGAUGUCCCGGGCCAAGGUGCUGACCAUCGACACCAUGAACCCCACCGUGAAGAAGGUGGAGUACGCCGUGCGUGGGCCCAUCGUGCAGAGAGCCGUGGAGCUGGAGAGGGAGCUCAGUGAGGGGAUGAAGAAACCGUUCGCAGAAGUCAUUAAAGCCAACAUCGGUGACGCCCACGCCAUGGGCCAGCAGCCGAUCACUUUCUUCCGGCAGGUGCUGGCUCUCUGCUCCUACCCUGAACUGCUGAGUGACAGCACAUUCCCCGAAGAUGCUAAAAGUAGAGCAUGUCGCAUUCUGAACUCAUGUGGAGGGAACAGUAUGGGCUCCUAUAGCCCCAGUCAAGGUAUAGAAUCUGUGCGUCAGGAUGUGGCUCGUUACGUCGAGCGGCGGGACGGCGGUGUGCCCUGCGAUCCAGACAAUAUUUACCUCACAACGGGCGCCAGCGACGGCAUCGUGACCAUGCUGAAGCUGUUGGUGUGCGGCGAGGGUACAAUGCGUACAGGCGUUAUGAUCUCGAUACCUCAGUAUCCCCUGUAUUCUGCUGCGCUGGCUGAACUCGGUGCUGUACAAAUCAAUUAUUACCUUAAUGAGGAGAAGUGCUGGAGUUUGGACAUCACUGAGCUGCAGCGUGCUUUGGAUGAGGCCAGACUCUACUGCAACCCCCGAGCUCUGUGCAUCAUCAACCCCGGAAACCCUACAGGCCAAGUUCAGAGCAGAGAGUGCAUAGAGGAUGUGAUUCGAUUUGCUGCUAAAGAGCGUCUCUUCCUCAUGGCUGAUGAGGUGUACCAGGAUAAUGUGUACGCCGAGGGUUGCCAUUUUCACUCAUUUAAAAAGGUUCUGUUUGAGAUGGGACCAGAAUACUCAGAAACUGUUGAACUGGCAUCAUUCCACUCCACCUCAAAGUGUUACAUGGGAGAGUGUGGCUUCCGUGGAGGCUACAUGGAGAUAAUAAACAUGGACGAUGACGUGAAGGCACAGCUGAACAAGCUGAUAUCAGUCCGUCUUUGCCCUCCUGUUCCAGGACAGGCUCUAAUGGACCUGGUGGUCAACCCCCCGCAGCCUGGGGAGCCUUCAUAUGAACGUUUUAUCAUGGAACGUACAGCCACGUUGAGCACCUUGGCAGAGAAGGCCAAGCUUACGGAGCAGGUUCUGAACACUGUGCAGGGCAUCAGCUGCAAUCCUGUGCAGGGUGCGAUGUACUCCUUUCCUUCCAUAACCAUCCCUGAAAAGGCCAUCAAAGAAGCCAUGGAAAUGGGACAGCAGCCAGACAUGUUUUACUGCAUGAAGAUGCUGGAAGAGACGGGAAUCUGCCUCGUACCUGGAAGCGGGUUUGGUCAGAAGGAUGGCACCUACCACUUUAGAAUGACCAUCUUGCCACCGACAGACAAGCUGAAGGUCCUGCUGAACAAAGUCCAGGAGUUCCACCAGAAGUUCACCCAGCAGUACUCUUAAAAUUCUCUCUCGCAGAAGAGGGACCCGAUGCCAACUCACGACAAAAAGCAAAAGCCAAUAAAAGUCGAUUUGUUUCCAAUAAGUGCCUUUUCUGCGAUGUGGUCGGACCAUUUCGAGCGGUCGGCGUGGACGAUGCGGACCUCCCUCGCUGUUGAGCGUCAAACCACCAAACAAAACUGGAAUGAAAAGUUUUGAUGCAAAAAAAAAAAAAAAGGCUUAAUGUAUUAUCUGUGAUGUUUCAAUAUUGUAAGGAUGUAUAUACUCUGAAGAACCUGUUAAUGUAAAACUAACAAGAAAAAGAAGCCGAUGCUGCUUAUAAACUUAGAACUGAUUCAUAUCCUGCAAAUGCACCCGAUGAGGAGAAUUCACUGAAAAAGUUACUUGCAUGAUAUUUCUGUAAGACACGUUUGUCGGGCAUUCAUAAAUGUACCAAGUUGUUUUACAUUAACGUUUACUUUUUCAUUUUAGACUAAAAAAAAUACACGUUUUUUACUUUGAAACAUCUUUAAAGCCAUCU